UCAGUGAUACAUGGGACCAAAGCUGAGCAGACGCUGUGUGUCUCUUCCCAGGGAGACACUCAGUCACAGUUGUUUGUAGAUGCGUAAGGAGAUCUGUGCUCACUCUCGCAGGCAGGUUGUUGAUAGGUUGGACUGAAGUGCAAGGGCUGAAGUGAAUUGAUGCUUUGACACUGGAAUCGUACGCUGAGCAGAAUGACUCUACUGGGCUCUGAACAUUCCAUUCUGAUUCGCAGCAAGUUUAAAUCAGUCCUGCAGUUGAGACUCCAGCAGAGGAGGACACGAGAGCAGCUCGCAGACCAGGGCAUCAUGCCUCCCUUGAAGAGUCCGGCUGCAUUCCAUGAACAGAGGAAAAGUCUUGAGCUAUCCAAGACUGGAGCUUACUUAAAACACAAAAUCAGAAGUAGGCCUGAGAAAUCUGAGCUUAUCAACUUGCAAAUUCUACAAGACACGGCCAGUGAAGGCCCCGCACAAGACUCACAGACAAAACUUAAGCGUGCCAGGCUUGCCGACAACCUGAAUGAGAAAAUCGCUCUCAGACCAGGCCCACUGGAGCUGGUGGAGAAGAAUAUCAUUCCUGCUGAUUCAACAGUUAAAGAAGUGGCUAUGAAAGUGAACCAUGGGAAGUACGCCAAGAAGGAGGACUCUUACGCUUUUGAGGAGGACAGCAACAGUGACAGUCUUUCUCCCGAGCAGCCCCACAGUGAAGAGUCGCAGGGCUCUGCCGAACCACUCCCAGAGAACAAGCCCAGCAGUUCGCCCUCCCCCACACUGACCAACAUUAGCCAGGGGUCUCAGGUCAAAGAAGCCACUAAUCAAAACCAAGAGGACAACGCACAUAUGACAAACACCCAGGCAAAUCCACCUAUACCAGUCUCUGCAAUUGUCAAGUCCAAAAUGUCAGACAAGAACCGCCACAAGAAGCCCAAAGAUAUCAAGCCUAAAGUAAAGAAACUCAAGUACCACCAGUACAUCCCACCAGACCAGAAGACAGAGAAAUCUCCUCCUCCACCCAUGAACUCUGCGUAUGCUCGUCUUCUGCAGCAGCAGCAGCUCUUCCUGCAGUUGCAGAUCCUCAGCCAGCAGAAACACCAGCAUCACUCUCACCCCCACCAGCACCAGUGUCCUCAGAGCCAGAGUUUCAGCUACCACACAUUGAACCAACACACACCAAAUAAGCAAUCAAGUGAACAACAAUUAUUAUGUAGUUCAAAUGGACCAACUAGCGGCAUUAACAGUAGCUCCUCAUCUCCUGUGAAGACAACCUACUGCAAUCCCACCUCCAUCACCCCAGUCAGACCAGGGCCUUUGCCUGCUAACCUGGAUGACUUGAAGGUAUCUGAGCUAAGGCAACAACUGAGAAUACGCGGCCUGCCUGUGUCUGGCACUAAAACAGCUCUAAUAGAACGACUACAACCCUUUAAAGACUCCAGCUCCAGCUCUGGAGACAUCAGCACUGUGACCUUCCCAGUGACCCCCUCAGGAUCUCUGUCAUCCUACCAAUCCCCGUGCUCCUCGAGUGCCAUGUCUCAUGGUGGCGGCUACUACCCUUUCUGCAGCUCCAGCUCCACCCCACCCAUCUCACCAGCAUCUUCUGACCUUUCUGUUAGCAACUCUGUACCUGACAGCUUCAGUGAUGUCACUAUGUCUUCUCCACAGUUUGGCCUUCAGCCCUCUCCUGCCCAACUGAGCACGGAUGAGGGCCAGAGCAUAUCAAGUGCCCUAGGAGCAGGUUGCUUAUGUGGGGAGACCCAGGCAGGUUUAGAGCCUCUGGGUCUAGAUGCAGAGAAGGAACAGAUGUUGGUGGAGAAGCAGAAGGUGAUUGAGGAGCUCACAUGGAAGCUCCACCAAGAACAGAGGCAGGUGGAGGAACUGCGGAUGCAGCUUCACAAGAGGAAGCAUACACAUUGCCUGCAAGAAUGCCCUACUCCACCACUAGCACCACCAUCACAACAUCUAAUGCAUCUCCAGCCUCCAUCCCAGAUGCAGCAGUUUUAUGGUGUGUCUGUCAAACAGGAGCAUGUGGCUUCAAGCUGCCCUCUUUCAUCGAAGCAGCUGAACGGAGGACCAAUCAACAGCUGCAUGGAGGGCAUGGGUCACUGUGACUUACACAAUGGACCUCACUGCCUCGAGGUGCCCUCCUCUGGAAGCCCCGCUGGUCUCUCGGCCUUUCUGAGCCCCCAGUGCUCUCCUCAAGAUUCCCCCGUCACCAAAACUUCCAGCAGCCCGCAGCCCAACAGUUUGCCUUCCUCCCCCAGUCAUCCCUACAGGCUGACCCCUCCUCUGGGCAGAGAUGGCUGCUCUCACCCAUUGGCUCAAAACAGGCCCAGACCAUGCAACAUGCAGUUACAACAGAAAAAUAUCGGACAAACGGUGAGCUGCUCAUAUUCAUCUGACCAAAGAAGCAUGCAGCCUGUAUGCCCAAGCCCAGCAGAGAGCAACUUAAACCCCAGAGGGUCAUCCAAGGCCAAGAGAGCUAACAUGCAGCAAAAAGAGGCAAUAUUGCACUCUCCCAGGCACGUUGACCCAAAGUCUCCCACCACUGCCUUCUGUAGUUCAGAUUCUUCUGCAUCCAACACUAAACAGCCCCCAUGCUAUGAGGAUGCUGUAAAACAGCAAAUGACCAGAAGUCAGCAGAUGGAUGAACUUCUAGAUGUCCUCAUUGAGAGUGGAGAAAUGCCAGCUAACGCCAAAGAAGAGAGGUCCCCUGUAACCAAAGUUGUGCCUCACCUUACAGUUUCACCUAAUGGAGUGGCCAUAUCCAAGUUCCACAGACACUACAGUCACAUUUCACCAACCCUGCUUCCAUUUGAGCAUGCUGCAGGGCCUGGCAACGGCCACCUGGAGGUGCUACUGAGCCCUAUAGCCCGGCAAGGGGACUCAGCCCUUCUAAAGAUGGGCGCUGAGGAAGGGCACUUGGAGAAGGAUGGGGAAGGCUUUAUCAGCCCCCAACAUGACGACAAGUUGCUUAGUAACCGUGACAUGAUGAACACACCUAUGUUGCCCAUGGCUAGCAAAGUAUCACCAGUCAGUGUAGAUAGCCAAGGGCUCGGAAUGACAUUUACAGAGUCGCCAUGGGAAAGUAUGGAAUGGUUGGAACUAACCCCACCCAGCUCAGCUACAGCAUUUAAUAACAACAUGCCUCCUGCCGGGCCCAGCAUCUUUAACACAGAAUUCCUUGAUGUGACAGAUAUCAACUUGAACUCUACAAUGGAUCUGCACUUAGAGCAUUGGUGAAAAGCAAGAUGACCAGCAAAAUACCCGCAAAUGUUAUCACUAUGCACUUCAACAACAUAUUUCAAAACUCAAUGCUUUCCCAAAAUAUCUCAAAAAGCACACAAGUAGCAUAUUCAAAUUAAAAAUAGAUGUCAGGAUGUGGUUUCCAUGGUAACUUGUGAAAUGUUGUAUCUUUUCCUAUAACUUGGCUGAAAAAGAGUAUAGUGUUUUAAUACAGUUUUAUCACAGUCCAAAAUUGAAAUGCGUUUGACUAUUGAUUCUGGGAAAGGAUGUUUGAAUUACUGGAAACAGGAAGACCAUACAAAUCAAAUUGUUCUCAAACAGGGACAUCCAUACAAAAUGCAAAGGCAUUUUCUGAAACCAUUUGUAAAUAUUCCAUUGUACUGAUCAACAAGACAGUCAAUACUUUUCUAUUUUGUCUGCACAUUUGUGGUGUGGGAAAACACAUUUAAAUGCAUAAAACAUGUUCACAAAGAUCAAACUAUUAUAUCACACGUACUCUAUUGUGCUAUUGUAAAUAGUAAUACACACUUUGCACCUCGAGUAGUAAGCAUAUAGUACUGUGUCACACUUUGGCUUUUGCAUAUAGUUUUGAGAGCAUUUAAUUCUCACACCAUUAUCUCCAUAUUGUUGUUAAUUUAUUUAGAGAGCUGAAACUUUUGGUUCGUACUUAUUAUAUGAACUCAUAUAAAUGUAAUACUCUUCACUUAAUGUGAGAGGAUAUUCUUCAUAUUCAGAAAGAAAAUCAAAAUCUCAAUCUUUUAUAUUCAGAAUCAAUGGAGAAUUAACUAUUUAGAAUGAUGAAGACUUUUAGGGUCUGAAAUAAGGGUCAGUAGCGAUACAUUGCAUAAAAACAAUUUGCAUAUAUUUUUUUGUACUUUUUGGUCACUUCUUUCCCCAAUGUCUAUUUGAAUAUCAUUCAGAAAUGUCACAAGUAUUGCUUUAAUAACAGUCAACAAAAGCUCUUUUAUUGUUAUUUUGCUUGUAAGAUCUUAGUCUUCUGAUGUAUUUCUUUCAACAUUUUCUUUUCAUUGGAAUAUUUAUAAAUACAUAUUUAUGAGGCAUUCCUUUUCAUUAAAAUCAAAAGUUAGAGUAAGCUUGCUUAUGGUUAAAAGGCUUUAACAAAUUAUUUUUUUUUCCCACAGUAUUAGGAUCAAUCAAUUUAAAGGGAUAUUUCACCCAAAAAUGUUAACUCUAUCAUCAUUUACUCAACCUCCUUUUUAUGCAAACCUGAAGAACUUUCUUUUUCUGCAGAAUACAAAAGUAGAUAUUUUAAAGGAUGUCGCGAUCACUGAUUUCCAUACAAUAGCAGUUGAUAGUGACUCACUUUAAAGUUUAAAGCACCCAAAAGUGUUAUAAAAGUAGUCCAUGCUACUUAAAGUGUGAAUAAUGACAUACAUUUUGGUCUGUUCAUCAUGCAAAUGUGAUUGUAUGCCUCCAGAAGACUUGAAAUAUGAUGCAUGAGUUUCAUGGACUACUUUUAUGACAUUUCUGGGUGCUUUAAGCUUAAAAGUUCAGUUUUAAAGUGAGUCACGUAUCAACUGCUAAUAAAGAAAUCAGUGAACGUAACAUCCUUUAAAAUAUUUCCUUUUGUUUUCCGCAGAAGAAAGAAAGUCAUAUGGGUUUGGAACUAAAUGAUGUUAAGUAAAUGACAGACUUUUCAUUUUAGAGUGAACUAUCCCUUAAAAUGAGUCUCCAUUUAUCUUUUACUAAUUACAUGCACUGAUAAUGACUUUUUUGUAUAGCCCAAAUAAUACAUUUUUGAUACUGCCUCAUUCUUUUUGAAACCCUCAAGAGUGUGAAAACAGUUACACUAUAUUUAUAUAAAAUGUCUAAAAGAUUUUUAAACUGACAAUCAAAUUUGAAUGUCUCAAAACCUGAAACAAAAGCAAUGCCUUAAUAACAGGCAAUGCCCAGUUUUACUAGCACUUGUGAAAAAUGAAAUCUAAUAUAUGUUAUUACUCUGGCAAGUUUUGCACCAGAUCACAAAUUAUCAAGUUGUUUCUUUUAGUAUUAGUUCACCAAAAGGUCAAACUGUGAAUUUACAUAAAUAUAUAUAUAUAUAUUUCUUCUGUGCAUGAAAUAGCUAUUAUGGUGUUUAUUGUCUUUUCUCAUUUCUAAUCACAUUUCAAUUCACUUUAAUGCUUUUGACAUGUAGGGAAUAUCUUUAUUCCCAGGAUAGGGUUUUUGGGGUCUCUUUGCCGUGCCUUUUAGUAGAACCAAAGACUGCCAUUUUUACAUGAAUCCCAUUUUGUAAGAAAUAAAACAUGUUUUCCCACACAGUAAGCAUUAAAGGCAUAGCAAAAAAAAAAAAAAAAAAA